AUGGCGGGUCGGCUGGGCAGCCUAAACUUUCGCGAUAUCGCCGUUACGACUGUGUAUCUGCCCUUUUGUUGCAUGAUCGGAUGUCUGUCAUAUGCCAUGUUUUUUUAUUUUGAUGAGGUAACAGAAUCGAAAUGUGGAGUUCAUAAUUUUGUGCCUUCAAUCAGUGGGGCAGUUUGCAUGCGCCCCCUGUUGCAUUUAUGGCGAUUUUGUAUUGUUGCACAUGCCGUUCCUCACAAAGUCGUAUCAUGGAGAUCGUACACAUCACUUGUUUCUUUGAUAUAUCUCCUUGGCCUCAGUGAUAUCCUUUCUCUUUGCGGUUUGACAAUCGUCUCUACUGUGGACAACUUUAGUAAGGCUAUAUUUGUGUAUGUCUCUUCAGAUGUCCACGAAUUUUUCUUCAUAAUAUUUGGAUUAUCCAGCUUUCUGUAUAUGACAUCAGAAUUUUACCUCCAUUUUCGCCUAAAUUGUCAAAGGCUUCUACCUCGGACUGUAAGCUUUUUGCUUGAAUACUGGUUCUCCAUCGCCGAAUUUGGUAUCGCCUUUGCAAAUAUGGGCUUCCACGGGACCGCAGCUAAGGACUUCUACAACCUCAAGAUUAUUGCUUCUCUCACCUGA